AUGGGUCAGUUGCCUGCAGUAAGAGUCAAUCAACACCGACCAUUUAUAAAUAGUGGUGUGGAUUACGCUGGGCCUGUACUUAUAAAAACAUCUAAAGGCCGUGGAUAUCAUGCAGUUAAGGGCUAUAUUUGCUUAUUCGUGUGCAUGGCAACUCGUGCUAUUCAUCUCGAAGCAGUCACAGACCUUACUUCACAAGCAUUCAUAGCUGCAUUCCGAAGAUUUGUGGCGCGCAGAGGACAUUGUUUACAUAUAUGGAGUGACAAUGGCACCAAUUUUGUGGGUGCUGACAAGAAAUUGAAGGAGUUACUAAGAGGAACCAAAAUCAAAACACUUGGAGAGGUAAUGAAACUAUUAAGUAAUGAAGGAACAACUUGGCACUUCAUUCCACCUAGAAUGCCAACAUGCGGAGGAUUAUGGGAAUCGGGAGUCCAGACGGUUAAGAGGCAUCUAAACAGAGUUAAUAAAGAUGUUAAGCUUACAUAUGAAGAAUUGUCGACUUUGCUAACUCAGAUUGAGGCGUGUCUCAACUCUCGGCCUCUUUGUCAAAUAGACAAUAACACAGAAAGCCCACUUAUUCCAGGUCAUUUCUUAAUUGAUGAAGAUUUGCCUCCUACAAAAUGGCUUUUAGGAAAAAUAAAAUAUCUACAUCCUGGCACAGAUAAUUUAGUACGAGUGGUGACAAUACAGUGCAAGGGAAGUCAUGAAAUGAAAAGGCCAUUAUCAAAACUAGUAACUGCCCUCGCGGGAAGCGGCAAUGAUGCCGCCGACCGGGAACAAGGCGGGGGGUAA